AUGUCUACGGCACACGAACUCAAAGAGCAGGGCAAUCGCCUGUUCGGCAACAGGAAAUACGACGAUGCCAUCCAGUGCUACACCAAGGCCAUUACACGCAACUCGCUUGUGGCGGCGUACUACACGAACCGCGCGCUCUGCUUCGUCAAGCUUCAGCAGUGGGAGAAGGCGGUGUCCGAUUGCAAGCAUGCGCUGGAACUUGACAGCCAGUCGGUCAAGGGCCACUUCUUCAUGGGCCAGAGCCAGCUGGAGCUGGAGAACUAUGAUGAGGCCAUCGCCAACUUGCAGCUGGCGUACAGCCUUGCCAAAGAGCAGAGGCUGAACUUUGGGGAUGACAUUGCCAGUGCGCUACGGAUGGCCAAGAAGCGCAGGUGGAGCAGCUUGGAGGAGAAGAGGAUCCAGCAGGAGAUUGAGCUGCAGGCCUACCUCAACAGGCUCAUCACGGAGCAGAAAGAACGGGAAAUAGAGGCAUAUAAAGAGAAGAUAAAGAAUGAAAAAGAGGAGCAAUUGACAUCUGACGAUAUUGAAAACAUCGAAGGCAAGCAUGUAGUGACCUACAAACUAUGUCUUAGAACAUCUGGCCGUGUUGUGACUCAUUACUAUCUUCCCAAAUCGAUUUCAGCUCUUGUAACAGAUUACUCGAAGGAGAAAGGCCUGAGAACUCGUUAG